AUGUCUCACAUCCUCCCCGACCAUAAUGGGCUGAAAAACACAGUUCCCCUGUGGAUUCAGCCCGUUUCCUUCUAUUCUUUAACAGGAAGCUCUGUGAGAGUCAGCCCAGGCAGGCAAAUCCUCGCCCUGCGCUCCUUCCCGGCAUGGCCAGAGCCUCGGCGGGGCUCCGGAGCCGCAGCCGCCGCGGAGAUGCUGCUCCCGUCCAUCCCUCUGCUCCUCUGGCUCUUCCUGCUGCUCCCAGGUUCCACAGCCUCCACAAACUCCUCCAUCGAUGCUGUAACAGGUCCACCCCAGCCAACAACACGCAGCCCUGAAGUGAAGAACCACACCUCAGAGCCGGCGGUAAAACCAACAACACCCACCAGCCCCAGUCCCACCUCCGCGGGUCAAACUACUACAGCCACACCCUCCACCACCACCACCACUCCAACAACACUGCCAGCCUCGACUGGGCAAGAUGAUGAGUCUAGUGGAAACAGAAGCACAGCAGCUACUUCUCCAACACCUCAAGGUCAAGAGCCCACGAGAAGGGAGAGAACCACGACAGCAGUGCUUCAAGGUGUUCCCUCCUCCCAGAGAGGCCCCUCAGAGCCUGUCACCCCCACGCUGAACUCCUCUGAGCCCACCCCGACAGACGAUGGAUCACCACUGACAGUGGCAGCUUUCGGUGUCAUCAGCUUCAUUGUUAUCCUGGUAGUGGUGGUGAUCAUCCUGGUCAGUGUGGUCAGCCUGAGGUUCAAGUGUAACCGCUCCAAGGAGGAAGACAAACAGAAACCAGGAAGCUCCAUGGUAUCAGAGAGCUGCUCAGCAGACACGAGCCAGAAGGACAACAGCAUCACUCUGAUCUCCAUGAAGAACAUCAACAUGAACAACAGCAUGAGUUACCCACCAUCAGAAAAGGUGUCCCUUUUCAGCCUUGCUUUUUAG